AUGGACAUAAAGAGCAGAAUAGCACAAUCAAAACAGGCAUUAUACAAGAAGAAUAACCUACUUACUCUAGCCCUCUAUGAAGGUUAAGAUAUUACUCAUAGACGAUACUCAAAACGGAAAGAAAAAGGAUUAAAGCAUUUGAAACAUGGUGUUAGAGAAGAACACUGAAAAUUCCUUGGCCAGAGAAAGUUGAAAAUGAGGAAGUUAGAAAAUAGUCAGAGAAAAGAGGGAAAAAUGGAUCGAACAUAGUAUGAGAAACAAUGAAUGGAUAACGACAAAAAUAGAAGGAAAGAUAGAAAGAAAAGCUGGAAGAGGUAGACCAAGAACACCUUUUAUGAAAUAGAUCAUAAAAGACAUAGGGGAAACCAAUUACAAGGAACUGAAAGUAGCUGUGAUGGAUUUAACUGUGAGUCAUUUAACCAAUCUAAAGAUUUUUUUAAAAAAAACAUAAAUUAAUACAGUAUAGUAUACUUUGUUAUUAAAAUAAAAAGCAUAAAAUUCAAUUUUCAAUUGAUGAAUUCAAUUCAAUUCAAAAUUUAUUUAAUUCUGUUUCAGUUGGUUAAAAAUUCUGACUAAUUAAAACAUAACCAAUUAAGACUAAUAUUUCGAGUUCUGGACCAUUUGAAGCAGUAAAAAUAUAUUGUUUUUAUUUUUUUUGUUAUAGCUUUUAAUGUGGUAUUUUUAUAAUUAUGUAAUAUCAAUAAAUAAAAUAAUUAUAACAUUAUAUUACCCGUGUUAAUUCUUGAUUUUCUGAUAUGAGCAUUUUACUUAUAUCUUUAUAUUUAAGAUAUAUUUUUUAAUAUCAGUGGUGUUUUCCGUGUUUAUUGUCAAAAUUAAACUAACUAGAUAGACGAUAGACAGACGUGAUAGAUAGACGAAAAGGCAUUUUACUUUAAUUUUAUUAAAGGCCCUUUUGUUUUAUUUAAGGUACUUUAAUUUCAUUGAAAAAUAAAUUAAAUUAAAAAUUUGGCUAAAAAUUUAUUUUAUUCACAAUUCUUCACUUAACACUAAUGAAUCAAGAAUGACUAAUAAACUUCAAUAUGUAACUCUUAAAUGUAUAACUUUUAAUUAUGUUGAGGAUAUUUAAAUUAUCACAAAGAUUAACUAAGGAAUGUAUUUUCAUAUUGAUGUAAUUUAUUGAUAGCAAUAGUGAAUAUAAAAAAAUAAUGAUGAAAAUAAUAAUGAUUAUUAUAAUUUUAUAAUGAUAUCCAAAACAAUUAUUAUGUUACAUAAUUCAUUAAAUAAUAUCCUUUUUAAACAUUAAAAUAUAAAAUAAACACAUUUUUUUUUUAAAUAAUAAAAUUGAAGAAAAAAAAAACAAUAUAUUUUUAAUAUAAAAAAUAAAAAUUGUUUAAUACAAACAUUAAUAUUACCAGCAGAUUAAUAAAUUAUACAAUAAGUAUAAAAAAAAAACAUACAAAAGUUAAAAUGAAUUAUAACUAAAACCCAGCUGUAUUUUAUUUGAAGAACUUUGGAAGAAAUAUUAAUGACUUCAUCCUCUCAGAGGUAUGAAGGUACCUUGAUAACAUUAUUGCACUUGAUUUUAUUAGAUCAUCUUUUCUACUAAAUAUUAGUAAUAUCACAAAUGUCUAAACAUUUUUGUUUUAAUUAAACCAUGUUAUUUUCUAAUGCUGAAAAUGUAGAUAUGCUAAUUGUUACAUAUAGUGUAAUAAUAAUGCUGCCGUAGCAGCAGUUAAGUUAAAUACUGAAUUUUAUAGCAACGUUCAUACAAUACCCACCCGGUUUAUUUUUGUAAAGACAUACAAAAAUUUAGUUUUACAAGGUAAUAUAAAAAAAAUAAAAAAAAUAUAAAUUGUUUAAGACCUAAAAAUCUUAAAUGAAAAUAAUAUUACUAUCACAAGCUAUUUGUAGUUAUUCAUAGCAAUAAAUCAAAAUAAUUAAACAUACAUAUUGCAAUAUAAAUAACUUUAGUCAAACUGACAAUUUAUUUAUUUAAGCUGAAACUGGAAUAUCAUAUAGUUUCUGUCAAAGAAUCGCAAAAUUAAAUAAAUUACACAACAAAAUUCAAUUAGUUCAUCAUUUACGCCCAACAGACUUUGAAAAGAGGAUAAAAAUGGUAGCUCAUUUUAUCACCAAAAUUGAUGAAGAACCGGACUUCCUUAACAAUUUACAUUACAGGUCUGAUUUCAAUCCUCACUGGACUGAGAAAGUUAUCUUUUAAGUUAGGUGGGGAGUUAAUGUAUGAUGCGGAAUAUUAGAGACAGUUUAAUAGGUCCAUAUUUUUAUCAAGGUACUCUUUUUUCAAGAUAUCUUCUUUUCAUUUUAUCCAGUGUUUAUGGCAAAAAAACAAUCUUGUGGAUUAAAAAUAUAUAUUCCACAGUUAUAUUCACCCAAGAAAUAAAAAAAAUAAUUAUCUCUUGUUAAAGAUAUUUGUACCUUGGGCCUCAUAACUAAAAAUAUUAAAAAUAAGAAUAAAUUUGACUUCUUUUUUUAAAGUGACCUAUUACAUUUAAGGGUUUCUAAUACUUUAUUCAUACUAAUUUUAAAAUAUUUACGUAAAUUUUAACUUCGGUAAAAUAAAAACAAUUGUAUUGCCAUUAAAUCCAUUAUUAGGCAAUAACGGUUAACUAUUUUGAUGUGCGGAAUACGUGUAAUAAUUUGUUUGAACAAUUUUCUGGUUAAGUUAAUAAUUUUUUUUUUAAUAAUUAUUUUAAUAUUUUUUGGUCCAUACAAAGUAUAAAAAGCAAGACUUAAUGAUUAAGUAACUUUUGUUAUAUAACUGUUACUGAGAUAUUUUGACGUACCACCAAAACUUAUAACUUCCAAAUAUCGAAUAAAGACCACAUUAAUAAUGUAAUAUAAACCUUAAUGAUUACGUUGCAGCUUAAAUACAAUUUAAUGUGACACACUAUAUCAAUUUUAAUAGCUAUAAAUUAAGAUUUUAUUGGUACCUAUGAUAUUUAAUUUCCAUGAUAAUUUUAAAAUUGUUUUAAUAAAUUGAUUUAAAAAUUAAAAUCAGAAACAAAAUUAUUGUCUUUAUAUAGAUUCUUAAAUAAUGUGCAACUUAAGACAUACCUAUUUACUUUUACAAAAAAUAUCUAUUACUUCAAAUAACACGUAAAAAACAUUUAAAAUUAAAAUACAUCAGUGUAUGACAAAAUUAUUCCUUUAAAUAAAUACAAUAUUUUAUCUAUUUAAUUACGAAUAAUAAAUGAAUUAAUAAAAGGAUUAGUUCAUGUCAUAUAUUAUUACCUACAUUUUAGGCUUAUAAUAAUUGGGUAUCACAAAACUUCAAUUUUAAUCGUGGUAGUGAGCCUGGAACCAAAUAUAAAAAUUGAAAUUACAUUUAAUAAAAACAUAAGAAUAUAUUAUUUAAUGUAUACAUACGUAUAAAAAGUGGAAACAUUGGUAGAUAAUUUAGGGCAAUAUGUAAAAUGAAAAAAUAUUUAUUUUUUUUCUUUGAAAUUAACUUUAUCAAAAAAACGAUUUUGUCUAUAAAAUAGAAUAUUACUACAGUUAAUAUAUGUAUACACAUUUUAUUAAUUUUGUUGUCUAUUUAAAUACAAAAAUCAUAUUUUUAAUUUUUUACUGUAUAACUAUUUGUAAAUUUAAUUAAAGGUACUGCAGGCUGUCUUUUAUGUUAUAAUAGAUAUGAUGAAAUAAUAUUAUGAUUUUAAUGUUGGACAUAUAGGGUCUUCAAAUAUUCUGUAUCAACCCGCCGGAACAUCUUAGUCUAAUCUUACAAUAUAAAGAGUUGGUUAGAGGUAGAAUUUUGUCAGUUAGCUGUAAAUUUAACCACAAUUAGUGCUAAUCAUCCAUAAUAAGAAAAUGUCUUAGAUUUUUAUAGUAUUCUAAUGUAAUUCUAUGGUGCUACUUACUUGAUUUUUAUACAAGCCAUGUAGUAUCGAAAUAUAAAUAAUAUCCAAUAUCAACGAUCCAAAAAUUGGAUAUGUGUGUAAAGUAUCUAUUUUUUCAAUGGGUAUAAUAGCCAAUAGGUAGGCACUCAUUAGAAUGAAACCAAAAUUUAAAUAUGAUAUUAUGUAGGUAUUAUUUAUUUUAAUGCAAACAACUACCAAAUUAAAACUUACCGAUUAAUUGUACAAAUAUAUUUGUCAAGUAUCCAAUUCACUUCCGACAUGAUGCAUAAUAAAUAGGUUAGUAAUUUACGUACUAAUGCGUUUGAUUUAAUUAUCAAAAUAACUAUAAUAUGUGAUGUAUAAAACAAUAAUAUUUACAAGAACUAAUAUUAGUUAUACUAAUAAUUAUAAAUUUGACAUUAAACAUUAAACUUUAAACAUGUACAAUUUUAAAAACGUUCGAUAGGUAAUACAAAUUUGAUUACAAUUUUGCUUUUAAAAGUAUUUAAUAUAACCCAACCGUUAAUCUUUCAACAGUUUCAACAUAAUUUAAAAUUAUUGUCAUAUUGUCUCAUUUCUAUAUGGUAAUCGCCGUUUGACAGUAAAUACUAAAUACUGAUUAUUAUCUUUUUAAAAUGUAAUAGCAUCUACUAAAGUACAAUGAUGUCACUGAACAAUACAAGUAACCGUUAAUGGUAAUACCUACAAACACGUCAUAGACUACACCAAUUUUAUUAUUAAUAACAAUAUAACAUGCCUGGGACAUUAGUCGAUAUAUUCAUGUACAGUAGAACCUCGAUUAACCUCUCAGUCAGUCUCGAGACCAGAGCUUUGACGGAUAAUCGAAAAGACGGUUAAGCGUUCAACAAAAAUUUAAACAUACAUACAUAUUAUUUAUUAUUUUUUUUAGUAAUUAUGACAUACAUAUAAUUUGAUAUAAAUGACAUUGAUAUAAUUAGGUGCUAUUACUUAUUGGUAUAUUAUUAUUAUUAUUUUUUAAUUUAUUAAAAUGUUUUAUUAUUAACAAUUACAUACAUACUUAACAAUUAAUAUUAUAAAAAUCUGUUAAUUUAUGUUGUUUUAACAUAUUACGUGCUUUUUUUGGCUGCCAUAUCUCUAAUUCUUCGAAGCAGUAAUAGCUGAGUCGCAUCAGCUUUAGUUUAUUGUUCAAACCACUCAAAGCACUUGGAAAGCAUGUUAAUUAGGUACUAUUACUUAUUGGUACAUUAUUAUUAUUUUUUAAUUUCAAAUUUCGGGCUUUUAUCAUGUUUAAAAAUUGUUUUUUAUACUCUAUAACGUACUAUCAGAACUUAAUUUUUCACCAGAAAUAUCCAACUGGCGAAUUCCGUGACGAUUUUUAAAUCUGUGAAGCCACCCUGUGCUUGCAUUAAAGGAAUGCUCACCAUUCAUUUUUUAUGAAAUUCCAUUGCCUUCACUUGAAUGCUAGGUCCUGAAAGGGGCACUCCUUGAAAACGUGUUUGUAUGAACCACUGAUAAACGACGGAGUCUAGUUGUUUAAAUGACGAAUUUUUCAUAGUUUUCCUGAUUGUAAUAUUGUCAUCAGAAUUUCGUAGUUUGGAGAUAUGUCUUUCGAUUUUAUCGGCAUUUUCUUAAUAUAAUUUACAGUUGUUCGGCCAACAUCGUAAAUUGGUGCUAUGCUUACUGCACUUUCCCCCCUUCGUAAACGCUUAAUAAUAUCCAAUUUUUGAGAUAAAUCAAAUACAACACGCUUUCGUUUUUCACUCAUUGUUUUUAAACUUAAAAUAUUUGUACACACAAAGAGACUAAAAACGCGAACGUUCAAGCGAACGAACACUCGUGCAAUAUAUAACUGAUUGACUUUACAAGAACAAAAUGCGAUCACUAUCGCAAUUAACUGUUUUUAUCUCACCCAUUAAAUAUAUAUAUAUGUAUAUACAUAUAAACCUAUCGCUUAUCUAGUCGAUAUUGCCGGAAAGUUUCGGAUUAUAAAUAUAUGUAUUAUUAUUUAUAACCUACUCAUACACAAGUGGCCUGACGGUUAACCGAGAAAGGCGGUUAAUCGGGAGACAGAUAAUCAAGGUUCUACUGUAGAUCAAGAAAUUGCCUAUACACAACUCUUAUGAAACUGUCGGUUUUCAAGCCUCAAAUACCCCGUUAUCCUUAAUAUUUUAAAAUAGAAUAAUUCGGAAACUUUUCGUUUAAAUUUCGAUUACAAUACGUCAAAAUUUUCAGAAAAAUCAGUUUAUAAAUUGUAUUAAAAUAUAUAGAUUCCUAUUUAAAAAACCAAAGUUGGUGUUGACACAGGACACUUCUUAAGGGUUUUGAAAAAUCCAAGUAUUUUAAAAUAUCAUCUUUAACACUUAAACAUUCCAAAAAUCAGAAUUUGAAUGUAUACAAAAUUUAACAAAAAAAAAUGGAGUGAACCCACUUAGUAAAUCACUCUGUACCUCUGUACUCACAUACCCUGGAUCUCUGACCAAAUCGGUCUAUUGCGCGCUUUUCGCCAAUAAUUUGUUGUUGCGUAGUUAGGUGAUAACCCACGUAUUGACUCUUGCAUCCGGGUCCUUAGAAAAUGUAGAUAUAGGUAUUUUUAUUAUAUCGUUUUAUUAUAUUUAACAUAACGAUUUGUCUAUUUUAUUGUUAAAGUUCGUCCACGGUCGUUCGCAUUGCGGCGUAGACCUUUGUAGAUUAUUUCGAGGACCAUCUGUUGUACCCGAGAUUCCCCGUUACUGAGGUUUUUUAGAUAUCCGUCCCUGUCCCGUAAAUGUAGGUUCGACACCGGAUGACUAUUGCUUGUAAAACCAUAAGCUUCUUCGCUCCACUUAGAAUCUAAAAUGGUAUUGAUAUUAUUAAAUAAGAACACAAUAAUUGCUUAGGUUUGAAAUACCAAGUCUAUAUGUUAAUUAAACUAUAAAUAUAGUUAUGCAUUAUUUAUUUAUUAUUAUAUUAUCUUUUAUGUCGUAACGGAAGGGGUAGGUAAGGGGUAAUUUGGGGACUAAAAUAAGAUGUUCUGGCACAGGUCUAAAUGCUCUGUAAAUAUACUGUAUACACACUAAACUUUACAGAUAUGUAAAUCGAAGUGGGGUACUAUGUACAGUUAUAAAUUUAAAAAUAACUAAUUUAGACUAAUUAUUAAAACAACGAAAUAUUGUAACUACAAAAAGUUUUGACUCUAAUGAUGGAGCUCUCGGAUGUUUUUUCUCACAAAUCAAUUUCAAUAUUAUAAAAGUAUUUACAAUUUUGACUAUAAUAUUAUAUUAAUACUGCAUUAUCAAAAUGUAUUGCUUAGUAACGUUUUGGAUAAACAGAUCAUAUUAUUAUAAUAAACAAUAUCAAAGCAAUUAUUCUCAAUAAUAAUAAAUACCUACUACUAUUAUUAUUAAAAUAUACUUUUGUUAAUAUAAAAUUAAAAACAAAUUACAAAAUUUUAAAUAAAUUACUCCGAAAAUACCUACUACCAAAAUGCAAAGUAAACUCCCAGAAAAAUCUACACGAAUCAACUUUAAUUUGUAUCAAGAACAUAGAAAUAAUGUUGGUUAUUUAAAAAAAAUAUAUUAUUCGUCAAUAACGUCCACUUAACAAAAAAACUCUAAUAUACAGACAUAACAUACAAAUAUAUAUUAUUAAUUAUAUGAUUUGUAUUGUUUUUAGAUUAAAAAUAUUACACAAAAGGUGGACAACAAGGCACCGUUCCUUAAUGUAGGUGAGCUUUACAAGCCUGGAAUCUUAGGAAAAAAUGCCAAGAGGUUAUUACAAAUGGAAAAUGAAAAUUUAACACUCAUAAAAACAAUCAAUAUUAUUUAUCGUAAAAAGGUAAAAACUAUAAAUGAGUGAUAAUAAACGGUGUCGCUAAAUUACCGCCCAAUCUUUAAAUCACUAUGAGUUAUGGUCCAAUUUUAUUAGCUACGGACAAAUUGCGGUUACAUAAUAAUUACAACUUUAUAUCAGCCUAUUAAUGUUAUUUAUGAAAGAGCUUCUGGAUCACACAUUUUCCUUGUUUUUAAUCCAUUACUUCUAAAUUUUUUAUAAGUCUCAGGUUGAAUUUUUAGUUAUUGUAAAUUAUUGAUAGGUUAGGAUGGAUAGUGUAGAAUGACAUGUUUAAUAUUAUUUAUUGUCCGUUGUUAUAUUUUAAAUUAGAUACCAAUUUUGAUGUAAAAGUUUUAUACAUUUGUUUAUAAAUAAUACAAUAUAAUAAAACUAGGUGUAUCAGCGAUAAAGUUUCUAGAUAAAAAGGAUUCCUCCGGCCACGAUUAACCUACAGCUAAAAAGUUUACCGGGGAAUAAUACUAAAAAAAAUGAUUUUGUGCAUAGGCUUUUGAAGUCCACGUAAAUUAUUUGAGACAAAAUUGAACAAUUCAUAUUAGUAAUUUCGCAAUUUAAUGCUUCUAAUUGCUGUUCAAUUCUUCUAUGUAAGUUGAUGUUUACUUAGUUUUUAAUAAAUUAAAAUACAUGUGGCAUAUAAAAACCAUUGUAUAUUCCAUAAAUUGCGAAUAAAUUACAAACAAAUCUAGUACUAUAUUCAAAUGUUCAAUUAACAUUAAAUACACUUAUUUUAUAAAAAGCGCUCCAGUUAAAUUGACAUAACAUAACUCGGUAAAUACCAGUCCGUAUAGUCCUCUGUUUGUAAUGUCUGUAUAAAUAUGUUUAUAAUAUGAAAUAUUUAAUUUAAACUUAUUUUAAACUGAUGAACCAACGGGAAGUGGGUCGAGAAUAUAGAUAAUAGAUACUUACAAAAUCAGUUUGGAAAACAUCGGGAACAACAAAACAAAAUAUGUUUAAUAAUUCAACUUGGAUGCAAUUUGAGGGACUAGUACGCAAUUCAUAUACAAGGAAAAAAUUCAAAGUUUAAAAGAACAAAAAAAAACAAAAAAAAUUAGGUUACGGUAUUUGGUAGGUAAAUAUGAUGUUAAAUUUUGUUUUAAAAACUGCUUACUCUAACUUAAUUUUCACCUAAAGUUUAAAUGUCAUAAAGUAUGCCAUGUGUUGUAAUUAUAAACAUAUUUUUUAUAUUUAUAAUUAUUUAAAACAUAUUAAUUAUGUUUUAGGGUGAAACUGAUUGUUCUAAACCAAUAUCGAUGGUUCAAAAAAAGUCGAAUAUCGUGGAAAGUACAAAGGCGAAGAAUAAAAUAAUCUUUGCAGAGAAUGUAAGAUUGUUCGAUAAAAUCUAUCAUGCAGUAAGUGAUAUAAAUAAAAAAAAAACUGGUACUGGGGACAGGUGUGGCCACUAUUGUAGGUGGGUAGUUGAGAAAAUAGGAUACAUUAAGAUAUUUAAUUUAUACCUGUAACCAACUAUAAAUCAUUGCUAACGAUUCGGAGCAAAGUUCGGUUUUAUGUUUUGAAAGGCCGAUAAUCAUUACGAUGUUUAUUAAUAUUUGAUUAUAUCUCUUAAAAAAAAUAAAUAAAUAAAUAAAGAAGUCCUAGCAUGAUGGCGUCAGGUGCAGCCAAUGUUAUAGGUAAUUUAAUGUAUGUCUGUGAGUAACGACAAAUCAUUUCUAACGAAAAAAUGAUUCUGAGCGUAGUUCAGUUGAUAGUAAUGCUUUGUCAACAAUAUAUAUAUAUGUCAUAUUAUGGUAAAAUAAUUAAAUAAGCAUUAUACAUUUUUUUUUAAUAAUAAUUGUUUAAUAUUGUAUCGAUUUUCCUAGUUUUUCACAUUUGCUGAGAAAAAUCUUAGGAAAAUCGUAAAAUUAUCUCUCUGAAGUACUUUCCCAGUAAGAUUUAUUUUUAUAAAAAGUGCUAUCGUUGUAAAUCAAAGCCGAAUUUCUGGUAGAAAAGUUUUCUACAGAAAAAGCAAAUCGUAAUAUUUUGAUAAUGUAUUUUGUACAUUUUCCCGUUUUUUCUCCGGUUUUCACAAUUUUUCCUAUUUAUUGGGAAAACUGGGAAAAUCAAAAAAUGCCUUCCCAAAUUACUAUGCAGAUAAAAUGUCCAGAAUUUCAGAAAAUAAGCUACACUUGAUACAUUGGAGCAAGAUUUUUAGUAGAAAAGUUUGUACAACAAAUCGAGGAGUAUUUUGCGAUUAAAAUAAUCCGAGCGAGUGAUGACUUGGGUCUCUGUGUACACUAGGGUGGCCCUUCGUCAUAUAGGUGAUUUUUUUUUAUAACAUUUUUUUCAGUCUAACCCCCUAAAUUGGUUCAAAUAUGUAUAUAAAUGAAGUAUACAAAAUUUCAUAUCGAUAGAUUAAGUUUAACCCGUGCCCCCCAGCCCUCAAAGUUCAAAUAUAUGGUUCUGUUCAAGUAACCACAGUUUUUUUUAAUUGAUUGACUGCUAUCUCGUUGUUAUCGUUUCUUAAAAAUAUAAAUUUCUGACAUUAUUUAUAGUAAAUUAAAUUGUCUAUAACUUUUGUUCUAUAUAGUUUUUUGAUUAACGUAAUAUUUAUUAAUAUAACUGAUUAUGAAACAAUGAAACAUGCAAGCAUUUGAAAAACGUAACAACUAAAUAAUAUUAUUACAAAAUGACAUUUAUAUUUUAAAGUAUAUAAAUAAAAAUAAUUAUAAUGGUUUUAUAACUGUGCUUUUUAAACUGUUCGGGUAUUUACGGCGAUAAUCUUCGACAACUUGAAGCACGUAUUGUUUUUGAUCUUCAUUUUUUGUUAAGACCAUAUUAUACUCCUCCAUGAGCUUUACCCCUCUUUCUGCCGUAUCGUUUGUAACACGAAAUGUAUUUACAAUUUCAAGGCCUUUUUGAAAAUCUUCAUUUUUAUCCCACAUUGAUGGAUGUUGCUCCAAGAAUGAUGUUGCUAUUCCAAAUCGCGAAAAAAAUGAAGUAGAUUCUUUAUAAAUAAAAUCAUUUAUUUCUUUCUUCAUGAAUUGAGCUACUUCAUUUAGCGACACAAUGACUCGUUUAUUGAUUUCAGAAGUUAAAUUAUUUAAUUUUAUAGCAUCGACCAUUUUAAUUUUUGUCUCAAUUGUUAUAUUAGGAUCAAAAAAUGCCAAUGCUGCUGUUUCAGGUGCUAAAUACCACAAAUGUCCACAUAGUUUUCUUAAAGUUGAUUGAGAAAUGUUUUUAUGUAUUUUUUCAUAACUGAUGAGACUUUUCAAAAAUUGUAAGUCUUGAAAUGGAGCUAAAGCGGCAAUAGGUGCACAAAAUCAAGCUUUAAUUGAUAAUUGUAUAAGAAAUAUACAAAUUGUACGGAUUGAUUCUUCUUCAUAAUUUUUUAAUUUAAAUUGUUUAUGAAACAUAAAUAUUUUUAAUGAAUAUAUGGCCUUGGACAUCCAACGAACAUGAUACAUUGCACCAGGACAUUGAAAAGAUAUGCCACGAGUAGGGGUACCACCAAGAAAUAUCACAGCUAAUUCCAACAAUUCUCUGUAAUCGUAUCUGUUAUGAGAUUUGGGCAAUUGGUCCAUAUAAAAAAAUAACAUAAUAUUAGUUACAUCAUUUAAUAUUUUACUGACAAUUAUAUCUUCUAUUCCGGUCUUAUUAUUAUUAACAUUAAGUUUUGGCCAAAAUUGUUGGAAACGUUUAAAAAUUUGAAUAUCUGGACCAGAUGUAACUCCAAAAUUUACUUCAAAUGCAGAUCUAAGUAUAAUUUCGUAAAUGUGAUGCCUGCAAGGAAAGUAUAAAAUAUCACGUUCUAAUAGCUGUUCCAAAAUUAUACAUGCUCCUUUUAGACGACCUGUAUUCGAAGCCGUUGUAUCGCAACAUAAAGCUUGUAUAUUAUCGAUAAGGCCCCAUUCUUCAAGUGCUUUAAACACUGCUUCCGCUUGAUUUUUACCAGUUCCGGAUAUAAGCCUAGGAACACUUAACAACUUUUCAGAAGUUUUAAAAGAAACAAUUAUUGGUAAACGAUCAACAAGCUCUUUUCCUGUUAAAUCUGGGAGCAGCUUACCAUCCCAAUGAACAACAACUGGACCUACUUCUGAUGAAUUGAAUUCAUUUCGAAGUUGAUCUGCUUUGUCCUUACGUAAACACUGGCGUAUUUGAUUAAUAGAUGUCCGGUUUAAAAUUAAAUCACUUACACGUAUACCUAACGCUUCUACAGUAGCUGUUAAUAUAUGAACUGCAUCGCGAUNGCUUUUUAAAAACUUGCAUGUUUCAUAAUCAGUUAUAUUAAUAAAUAUUACGUUAAUCAAAAAACUAUAUAGAACAAAAGUUAUAGACAAUUUAAUUUACUAUAAAUAAUGUCGGAAAUUUAUUUUUAUAAGAAAUGAUAACAACGAGAUAGCAGUCAAUCAAUUAAAAAAAACUGUGGUUACUUGAACAGAACCAUAUAUUUGAACUUUGAGGGCUGGGGGGCACGGGUUAAACUUAAUCUAUCGAUAUGAAAUUUUGUAUACUUCAUUUAUAUACAUAUUUGAACCAAUUUAGGGGGUAAGACUGAAAAAAAUCCAAUAUCAAAAAAUAAGGGCCACCCUAGGGUACACCCAAAAUACAAUUGUUUUUUCCCUGUUUAGGACAAAUGUGCUUGAAGAGAUAUAAUAUAGUUUUAUUUAACAUAACAUAAUAUCCGCAUAAUAUCAGAAUUUUAAAAAGCUAUAAUUUCGAAACUUAAUCAAUUAACUCAGUUUUAACUUCAUUAAGUUAGAAUAAUUUUCCUUAUAUCUUCAAUAUAAAAAAAAAAUUAGAUUUGUUCCAUAUAAUUUUGUAUCGCCUUCAUUUUGACCAACAAAUUGUAAUUAAACAUAAUUGUUCCUAUAGAAACCUCGUAUCGAUUUUCAAGAAAUGGAGAAAGAAGAAAAAGCGAACAAAGCAAGGCUACUACUCGCGAGCAAAUAUCCAGAUUAUAAUAAAAAAACAAUUUAUUCGGGAAACGAAAACGAUCUGCUUAUUUCCAAAUCAGGAUUACCGAAAAAUAUUAAAAUAAAAAAAUCGAAGUUAAUCCCGUUAAUAAUAUCUAUCUGUAGAAAUAUUUUAAUACAAAUAACAUUAAAUUAUAAUAACUAUCCAGUAUCAACGUUCCCGUUAUAUUAACGAUGCACUUUUGAAUUCAAUGUCAACAAAAUUUCAUAUGCGGUACCCCUUAACAAUGUCCUCUUAAACUGGACUUGGCACAAAAAUUAUUAUGUUUACGGGUUUUAGUAUUUUUAAUUAAUAAUAUAAUUAAUUAUUUGUAUACCCAAUAUUGUUAACAGAUGUUACUUAGACAUCGACGAUUUGACGGCCGACGAACGUAUGGGUCGGCUAACGAUCGAAGUGUACGACGAUAUCGUACCCAAGACGGCUUCCAAUUUUCUGAAACUGUGUCAAAAUCGGGACAAACCACUCGGUUACAAGGGAUCUCAGUUUUUUCACAUAGUUCCGGGGCUCUUUUGUCUGGGCGGUGAUGUCGAGUAUUCGGUCGGACUUGGCGGACAGUCCGCGCUCGAUCAACGGUAUUUCGAUGACGAGAACUACACGCUGAGCCAUAAUGCGACCGGUACGGCGCAUUUGUUUUAA